CUCAGGCUUCUCUCCUUCUGUUCUUCUGUGCUACUGCCAGGCUUCCAUUGGUCAUCCUGUCCUGUUCAUUUUACCUUUGUGGACCAGAAGAUUCUGAGGUCAGAGCCUCUGUCGGCAAGGACAUAGAGGAUGCUCAGUGAUGACUCUCUUGACAAUACCUUAGUGAAACACUGGAAACGUCUUGAGAGAAGUUGUGUUUAAGAAUUUAGAGAGGUGAAGGGUAGUAGCUGUUAUUCAGACUUGGGGUGGUGGGCUUAGCUUGAGCUAUGAAGGAUGACCAAUGGUUGUGUAGGAGAAAGUGCUGUGGAAAGCACUGUCUAUAGAAAGAAAUGGCAUGAAAAUAUGGAGUGGGGCAGUAACCAAGGACACUGUGAAAAUAAAAACAGAGCAGUGGUAAAGGUUCCCAAGGGGUUCAGAUGCCUAGGUCUUUUGGUGAGCAUCUCUGGUUUCAGGUAGUCCACCAGAGGCAUAGUUACAGGAAGAACGAAGUGCAGGCUGCACAUCAUCUGGAUUAGAAGGAGGAGUCAUCUGCUUGUGGGAAUACUAAUAACGGACGGAAUCAACACUAAGGGAUUUUGAGCAGAAUGCAGACCUGACCCCGUGCCGGACCACAGUUUAGUCUGAUUUCUCCUUUCUUUCCGACAUCAAAUUAGCUGGUUAAGCCCAUCUAUUCUGUGCCUGGCUCUAUGCUCUAAGUUAUUGCCUUAGGCAAAUUCCAGUCAUGGAGUGUGGGUCCUUGAUUGAAAAAUAAAUAGCUUAAAAUUUCAUGAGUUUGAUAUGUGAUGAUGGAGGCUGUGAUCUCCAAAUAUAAAGACUAAAAAUAAGUAUGAUUUUAAUACUAAUCUCACCACCAUUUUUUACAAUGCCCACUUUCAAGUCUUUAGAACCUUUGAAAGAAUGAUACAGAACAUCUGUAUUUCCCCAAGUAGAUCCAAAAUUGUCGACAUCUGCCAUGCUGCCACAUGUGGGUAGGUGAUGAGGUUAUAGCUGCAUACACACGUGUAAUAUCUCACUGAACAUCUUUGUAAGUCCUGGGUACAAGUGUUCACUCCUACAGACCUUGAAAAACAUCUGCUGGGAGUAAAGAUCUCUCUGCUGUAAUUACAGUUGUGUUAUCAGAUCUAUGGAAGUUAUCAAUUAUUCCCUGAUACCAUUUAAUAUCCAGGUCACCUUCACAUUCCCCACUUUUUUAACCACAGUACAACUGCAGUUCACACAUACUCUGUGUCCUGUUCUUCAUGCUCUUUUAACCUGGGAUUGCCAUCAUUUCUUUUUCCCCCAGGAUAUCUGGGCUGGAUAUCUAAACAUCAGAUUGUGUUCCUAUAAUGAUAAAUAGUUUGUUUCUCUAUUCCAAGCUUUAUAAAACUUUAUAAAAGUUUUAAAUGCUUUAUUACACCAAUGUUAACCAUUUUUUUGGCAAGAACAUGUCAGCAUCAUGUUAUGUCUAUCAAACUGCAGCCCAGCAGGAAGCCCGUAAUGACACACUGUCCUGCUGUGAGUGAUACUAAGUUGGAUCUCUUGGUUUGGCUAGUGGUAGCCAGAUUUCCUUUUCUGGAUUUCAGAUUUCCUUUCCCCCUUGAAUUAGUAGUGACCUAUCAAGUGAUGAUUGUCAGCAGAGGAAAUCAUAUUCCAUGACAAAUAUGAGACACUAGUUGAAUAUUGAUUGAUCACUUUUGCCUGAAUUCAUUUGUUUUAUUGGGGUUUGUGAAGAUUUUUCAGUUUUAACUAUUCUUUUUACUUUUCUUACCUAACACUUUCUUGUACAAAAUUUCAACAUUUCAAAUCGAGAAAAACUGUAUUUUUCCCCCUUUAAAAUAGUGGAAGCCAUAAUUGCUUGCCUUUAAUUAUCAAAAUUCUGUAGAGUUACUGUAAUAAUCAGCAUCAGUGGGGGAAAAUAUUUUUGUUCUCUCUCUCUCUCUCUGUGCAUCUAUUACAAUGGACUGGAGCAUCUUUAUUUACAAUAUGUGUUAGAAAUGAUUUGCUUUUGCUCAUUUUUGCUUUUGAAGCAGAAAUCUAUGCAGCUAUCACUAGUGAGACCCCUAGGUCUUUCAGACUUACCCUCAUGAGUCUUUGCCCAAAUUUUUGUUAUUGGCAUGAGUCAAUGUCUAAGGCUGCAAGAAUUCUUCCCCCAUUCCAGAUCUGGAAUUUUGUGUCUCUUUAUAGUGGAAAAGGGUAUUUAGCAUCCAAGAUCUUGUCCAUACAGUUGUUUCUUCUCAGAAAUGCCUUAAAAAAAACUUUUCAGGGUAUAGAAAUACUGAAUCAAGGCAGGAGCACAUGCACUGUAGCUAGUGACUGGAGUCACGAUUGGGAGGCAGAGGGCUAUGCAGACGCCACAAGGAGAUUCUGCAGAUCAGAGAAGUUACUGCCUAUUAUGCUGUCCCUUGACUGCAGAGCAAUUAAGUGAUUUUCAAAAUACCUGCAGCCCUCAAGCUUGGGCAAGGGGAUCCAUUCGCAAGACGAGAUCUCUGGUUGUAAAGACAACGUUGAACGAUCCCUGUGCUCUCUGUUGGAGCUCCCUGGAGAGGGAGGAUAUACACUUCAGAUUACAGACACUUGAGGAGAAGUUUAAAUCUAUUGGACUUCGGAAAAUUGAGGAUAAGAAAAAAAAAGAAAAAAAAAAAAAACCACCUUUUAUAAAGAAGCACAGGGUAGAGAGAUGCAGCCUAGACAUUGAUACAAGUGAUGAUCUGAAAGACAAAAGGCCAGAAGCUAACCAGCAAGUUUCAGGGUGGACACCUGUGCAGGUCAGGAAGCAGCUUGCCGUCGGUGUUAAUGAAGUCACCAGAGCCCUGGAAAGGAGUGAACUGCUCUUAGUUUUAGUGUGUAAGUCAGCCAAGCCUGCCACCAUCACCUCACACUUGAUUCAGGUAAGUGUAAGCAGAAUUGUUCCUGCCUGUCAGGUUCCCCGCCUCAGUGAGACACUCGCCCCUGUCACUGGCUUAAAAUGGGUGCUAGCGCUGGGAUUCAAAAAGCACACCACUGACUUCGUGGAUGAAGUAAAAGCUAUCAUUCCCAGAGUUCCCAGUUUAACUCUACCAUGGCUUCAAGACAGAAGUGAAGAUUCUGGAGACAAUUUAGAGCCUGAAUCUUUGGGAAGCCAAGACAAAGAGACUUUGGAAACUUCAUUUGAAGACCUCUCAAAGCACAAGAGAAAACUUGGUCAGCAAGUCUCUCUAUCUUUACAGCCUCUUAAAAUAAAGAAACUGAUUCCUAACCCUAAUAAGAUAAGGAAACCACCCAAAAGUAAAAAAAAAAAAAAAAAAAAAAAACUACUUCAAAGUAAUCCUGUAUAAACUUUUCAUUUCAUGCAAUUUAUAAAAGGACACCUUGUAAUGAAGCCUUGAAACAAAUAAGGUGAAAAAUAUUUAUGUAAAAAAAAAAA